GGUGGGGCAGAAUGUCUUUCUCUGGCACUUUAAGUACUGUUUACUUGUGGAAAGGCAUGGCUAGACUGUCUGUCAAAGCCUGGUCCUUUUUGAAAUGGAAUAAAAACUUUCCCAGUCUAUUUCACUUCUGAUGAUCAGACAGCCUGAAGAACCUCAGAAAACCUGCAGCAUGAGGACACAGGGGAGGAACAUCACAGUGCUACAGCAUGGCAACUUGUCACAGGUCAUCCCUCCUGCCCCCGCAUGGCUUCCCCUUACGUCACACAGAAACGGUUCACUGAUGGCAUCUCCAGCCACAAUCACUGAGAGACCCAAACGCAGCGGGAUCGUACCAGGUGUGAUCGCUGCAGGGAUCUUUAUAUGCUUCCUGCUAGCUCUCUACACUGCGCUGUGGAAAUGCAUGGUGUCUCCACCCAGAAGGGGAAAAAGGAAGCGGAUCUUAAAGGGGUCCAAUGCAACAUCUCUGUGAGCAGACUCUUAUUUUUGUGGACUUUUAAUGCCACUGGAUGACCUACACUCUUUUGUGGGACUAUAAAACGGUUCCUUUAAACCUGUAUCAGUCUACUAAUCGCUCUGCAGGCUGUGGCUGAAUCAGGAAACUCCAGGUACUAUGCUAUCCCCACCACUAGAUAGCAGUACUGUGGGGGUUUUGUUGACAUUCCAUUGCCUUAAAGAAAAGAAAGCAAAAGCACCAUCCAUGAAGUUGUUGAACUAAAAUGAAAGCUGUAGAUGUUCUUGUAAAAAUGCCGCUCCUUAUUUCUAGGGAAAUUUGGUUUAAUGCUUAGAGUCCUUUUUCCUUAAAAGGCAAAAACAAAACAAAAGCUAAUCAGCUAGUCAUCUAUAGGUUUUAGAAAUGGUCUAGCAUUAAAUAGUUAUUUUAAUUAUUCAUUUUUUUGGUAUCUACAUCAAAUUAUGUGUUUCAAUUCAAUUUGUACAGUGAUAUAAAAAAUUGACAUUAGACAGACAGAUUUUGACCCAUUGCCCUCAGAUGGGACUCAAAUCUUUGCCUUAGGAAGCCAGUGCCUUAUCCAUUAGGCCUCUGGGUCACACAAGCAACAGGUAAUGUCUAGUGGAUAUCUGGAUUAUUAGAACAUGUCAAUUGUAGGACACAUGGUGGUAUCUACUGGACACUAAUGGGACUAUUUAAUUCAUUCAGUUUGAUUUGUAUUAUGCUUUUAACAAUAAA